AUGUGUCUUGGGUUGCUAGCAGUGUGGGCAACUUUGUGGAAACGCCAUAUCGUGAAUAUGGAUUUAUGUGCAGGGUGUGGAGUUGAGGCUGAAACCGUGGGCCAUUGUUUUCACAACUGCUGGUUUGCAAUGCACGUUUGGAUGUCAAGCUCGAUCUUUAUGGUUAUCAAUUCUACGCCUGUUACCAAUUGCUUUGAAUGGGUGUGCAAUCUUAUGGCCAAGUAUGAUCUGGAGCAGAUGAAUUUAUUUAUUACUAUAUGUUGGUGCUUAUGGAAUCAGAGGAACUCAAUUAUUUUUGAAAAUAAGUCAAGGACUGUGGCUGAGGUUGUGUCUUUUGCAGAGAAGUACGUAACAGAGUAUGAUCAAGCUCAACAAUGUAGCCAAAUUCCAGAGUCUCAGGUGCGGCUGCGCAGGUGGGUUGUGCCAAGUGAGGGUGUCUUUAAACUAAAUUUUGAUGGCUCAGUUCGGAAGGCCCAAGCUGCUGCUGGUAUUGGAAUUAUUGUUCGGGACAAUAAUGGGCCAGUUAUUGCUUCUAUGGAUGUGCGAAUUCAUUAUUUGGAGGAUGUUGAUUGUGUGGAAGCAUUGGGUGCGGUAAAAGCGCUUCAAUUGGGAUGUGCUUUGGGAUUGGGUCAUAUUCAGCUUAAAGGUGAUUCUCUAAAUGUGGUGUCUGCAAUCCAAGGCAAGGUGGAUAACUUAUCUUGUUAUGGUCAUUUGGUGGGGGUGACUCAGGCGCAACUAUUGCAUUUCCGUUUUUCAUCGGUUUCACAUGUUUAUAGAGAAGGCAAUUUGGUUGCUCAUUGUUUAAGUAAGUUAGCCUUUAAUUUUUGUUUCACCACGAGUUUGGAUAGAGGAGGUUCCUCCUUCUUUAAUGGCGUUGGUGGUUUUUGA